AUAAAAAGCCCUAGCUACCUAAGUGAACAGAGGACGUGCAGCGGACAUUCAGGGUGUCUCUCUGGGGCCAAGGAAGGAGUGCGACCCUGAGAAUCAUGCCAAGGUUUGCCCCUUUCCUGCGGCUGCUCCAAGCACCUGUGAAGUACACAGUGGUUCCUAAAGCCCAUGUCUCUGCUAAGCCAGCCAAAACUCCCACUUCCGCCAUGGAGCAGGCUGUGGGGAUCUCCGCCACAUUUGUUAGCUUCCUGGUUCCAGCAGGAUGGGUCUUAUCCCACUUGGAGAGCUAUAAAAAAAGCUCCACAGCAUGAAGUGGCACAUCCCUGAGAGAUUACAUUAAACGCUUUCAUCCACCUA